CCGCCCACUUCCUCAGCGGCCCGGGGAGGCGGCGGCGGGCAGCCGUCGUCCCCCGGCGGGGCGGAGAGCCGCGGCGGGGACGAUGACCCAGCGCCGGCAGCCGCGUCCCGCCACGCCGCUGGACGAGGAGCUGGAGGCUCUGGGGUGGUAUCAUGAUAAUCUUACCCGACAUGCAGCAGAAGCGCUGCUGCUUUCCAAUGGGCAGGAUGGAAGCUAUCUCUUGAGGAAGAGUAAUGAAAGGGAACAUUUGUACUCCCUCUCUGUAAGGGGAAAAGAUUCUGUGAAACACUUCCAUGUUGAACAUACAGGAACUUCAUUCAAAUUUGGAUUUAAUGAAUUUUCUAGCUUGAAGGAAUUAGUCAUGCAUUUUGCAAAUCAGCCUCUAAUUGGAAGCGAAACAGGAACCUUAAUUGUAUUGAAGCAUCCCUACCCACGGAAAGUGGAAGAACCUUCCAUUUAUGAGUCUGUUCGAGUUCACACAGCAAUGCAGACGGGAAGGACAGAAAGUGAUCUUGUUCCAAAUGCUCCCUCACUUGGUACAAAAGAAGGAUAUUUGAUAAAACAAGGCAAAAUAGUCAAGAAUUGGAAGACAAGGUGGUUUACACUGCAUAGGAAUGAACUUAAGUAUUUCAAAGACCAGACAGCUACAGAACCAAUUCGGGCACUUGACUUAACUGAAUGCUCUGCUGUGCAAUUUGACUAUUCCCAGGAAAGAGUCAAUUGUUUCUGUUUAGUGUUUCCACUAAGGACAUACUACCUGUGCGCAAGAACUGGAAUAGAAGCUGAUGAGUGGAUUAAAAUACUGCGAUGGAAACUGUCACAAAUACGGAAGCAACUGGAGCAGCGUAAUGCCUCCCUGACUCCCUAGCUGCACCGCCGGUACUUCUGCUCCUUGGGCAGGAAUUGCCCUUUGCCAAGGGGAAGGCAUCGCUUACAAGAGGAUUGUUUUACAUGUCUCCAUUACUCGUGGUGGGCACGUGUGUGCAUGCAUACCUGCACACACACGCUUGCACCCAGCUCCGCACGAGGGUUUGUACAGCUGAGCGCUCUUCAGUCACGUGUGGAGACUGUUACAAAAGCAGAGUGUUAGCCUGAUGAGGGUGGUGUAUGCCUGUGAGGCCCUGAAUUCAAACACCUGUUAACUAAUCACAGAACUGGUCACCAUUUAAAACUUCCAUGGUUAUUCAAAGCACUCUCGAUAAUUUAUUGCAAGCUCCACCACAACCAUUAGUGACACAUUCUGUAACCUUGAGCCUGUUAUUUAAAACCAGUCCUUUCUGGAAACAUUAAAUAUUUCUUUUGUAAUUAUGUUUUUGUAUAUAGUAUCUAGAUUACAAUCCAGAGAAUAUUCGAAGGCCCUUCUCAAGGCGAUGGAUGAGUAACACUUAGUUCUGGUCAAAUAUGGUUUAGAUUUAUAUGGCAGUGAUGGCUACGAGUGAACAGCCGUUUCGAGCAGCAUCUGUAGGUAACAGUGAGCAGCAUCAUGUGAGCACACCUGUUUACAAACCAGGAGUAUGAGAAACAGGCAGCUGGUUCCUGGCACGCAUACAACAGAGCCACUGCAGGUUCCUACAGGUGGGUGACAGGGCUCCGCAGAAAGCUUUGCUGGUGGCAGCCACCAGCAUUAUUAGUAGCAUUAUGAGUUGAGCCCCUUACAGUCCCCCUUGAAAAGGGGCUGGAUUUUGCAUUUUUUCCUCGCCCAGAGAACUCAGAAUGAGAUUUUGACCACAACUAUGUUUAGAAUUAUGCAUUGCUUUCUUUAUAUUAAAAAAGCACCAUGUAGACUAAAAAUAUGUAUUUAAAAUAAUACAUCUUCUAUAUAACCUGAUAUAAAUUUUCCAGCUAUAAUUUGGAAGGCUCAUACACAUUUGACAGCCUUGUGGCUCGCUUUAGAGCUGAGAAGUAGAAGCCCAGUACUUUGGUGCUGUAGUCAAAACAGAUGUUACAUUUUGGAAGCAAAGUUUUGAUGCACUGGAGGGUUCCCAAGACCAGCUUGGCCGGACCUCGUGGCUGACCCAGCUGCCAGACCCCCCGAGCAAUCCUGCUCCUCCGAGAGGGGCAGGGAACAAGGGGGGCACACAUGCAUGCCUGGUGGUCAGCUUUCUGCUGAAGCAGUGCACAGACCUCUCCCCCAGCAAGCACUGCGGCACAGGGCUCAGCAUUGCUCGUGCAGCAGGUCAGGGUUCAGGAGGUGCCUUUAGUGGGGGAAGACUGAAGAAGAGGAAGGGAAAUACAUAUUGGAAGAAGAAAGAGAAAUCUAGAUUUAAACAUAGGAAUAGUAUUUUAUUUCAACUUAGAAAUUCAAAAUAUUUGUAAAUAUUUUUUAUACAGACUGUUUUCUGAAUAAAAUGUCAUUAUAAAACUACCAAAGGUCUUCUGUAUUCCUGUACUGUAUAGUUAAAGCUUUGUCCUCCUCUUUUUUUUUUUUUCCCCCCUUAAAGUGGUGGUUUAACAAACAGGCAUCUCCAGUUUAGUUAGAAAGCUUUAGGUUUGUGUCAGAUAGAGGCAGCAUAAGGGGAA